GACGCUGUACUGAUGCGCCACGCGCUAGUCAUUUGCGUUAUUACAGCUAUCGUUGAGUAGACGUGGUUGAAAUUUUACCAGUAUAUCGUGUGUGACAACAUGUUUGUGGAAAAACGAUUGUACUUCUAACUUCUAGCAGUCAAGUGUCGAUUUUGCCUUCAGUUUUUUUUCAAAUUUCUGACAUACAUUUAUCAUUUAACAAUUCAUAUCUAACUAGUUAAAAUAAAAAGCACAUAUACAACACUUAGAAUAUAGUUAAUUUUAUUUCAUAUUUAAAUUUAAAUUACAUUUAUUAAAGCUCAACGCUUAUCGCGUGUAUUUUAUUUUGUCAAAUGAUGGCGGCUACAAAUAAAGAUAAUAACAUUGAAAAUGUGCAGUUUUUUGAAGGUGCCGAGAAGCUUUUAGAGAUUUGGUUCAUAAGUAGUGAUAUUAAAAAUAACCGAGAUCUUCGACAUAUUCCCCGGCAUAAAUGGGAAUCACUGUUGAAAACCGUGCGAUGCGAGAUUAUUAGUUUCUGCCGCAAUGAUCAAAUUGAUGCAUAUGUUUUGAGCGAAAGCAGCAUGUUUAUUUCGAAACGUCGAAUCAUUCUGAAAACGUGCGGUACAACUACACCAUUACAAUGCUUGGAGCCUUUAUUAAAUCUUGCCCAGAGCGUUGCUGGUUUUGAUGAAGUAGAGAACAUAUUUUACUCACAUAAAAAUUACAAAAGGCCAGAACUUCAAACUUCACCACAUCAAGCUUUUGAAGAAGAAGUGGCAUUGUUGGAUACAUUUUUUCCUGAUGGAGAAGCUUAUUGCUUGGGAUCCAAUGAUGCAGAUUGUUGGUAUUUAUAUACACUUAGCAGAGAAAAGUCAACGAUAAUUGAUGAAGAGCCCGACCAGACGUUGGAAAUACUUAUGACACAUCUCGAUGCAGAAGUGAUGGCAAUAUUUAAACGUUCUGCAUGUUCAUCUGCAUCUUUAGCAACUGAAAAAUCUGGAAUUAGCCAGUUAAUACCACAUAUGAUUUUUGAUGACUUUUUGUUUGAACCAUGUGGAUACUCCAUGAAUGGAAUAACAAAAUCUGGUAGCUACAUGACGAUACAUAUAACACCUGAACCAGAAUUUUCGUAUGUAUCUUUUGAAAGCGAUGUUUCUGAAGUUUCUUACAAGGAAAUAAUUAAUCGAGUUUUGAAUACGUUCAAACCAGGGAAGUUCAUGGUUACAAUUUUUGCCAAUAAGGAAUCAGUAUCUGCUAAUUGUCCUCAGGAGCUGAAACAGUUAGAUUACAUACAGAAUAAUAAGGAUUGGUUGCGUAAAGAUGUACAAUAUUGUCAAUUUAAAAAUUAUGAUCUGACAUGCGCAUUUUAUUCUAAAUUCCCAAGCUGAGGGUACAUUGACACCUCGCCGAAUUCUUGCUGGCCAAGAAAAAGCGAGGUAAAAUAUUUUACCCUACUAUCCCAUAGUUCUUUCCUAGUUAAUAUUCCUACUAAUUCAUCACUCAUGAUAACAAAAAUAGGCUCUCCAACUCUUUUUCGUAUUUCAAAAUUUAGGAAAUAUUUUAAAUUAUAUAGAAUAAACAUAACGACCAAAAAAAAUAGUGACAAUGAUGCAAAACCUGCAAUAACUACAGAUUGUUUAAAAAAUAUGGUGUCAUUAAUUUCUACAUCCACUGUAUAUGUUUUUAAUUUAAAUUCAAGGAAUUUGAGUUUUAACUGGAUUUGUAAAAUACUUAAAAAUUUGUUAAAUUUUAAUUGCAAUCUUUU